GCGUGCGUGGGGCGAUGGCGGAGGCGCUGGCGGAGCUGGUGGAGGCGCUGAGCACGGCUGGGGGGCCGGAGCCGGAGCCAAGCCGGAUGCGGCAGCUGAAGCGCCUAUGCAGGGCGUCUCCGGAGGAGGUCCCGGGGCGGGCUUUGGGGUUGCUGAUGGCGCAGCUGUCGGCCGCGCACGGGGAGGUGCGGCUGGGCGCCUUCCGCGUGGUGGAGCAGCUCUUCUGCCGCUCGCUCACCUUCCGCGCCGCCGCCGUCCGCCACCUGCCCGAGCUCCUGGCGCUGGCGGCGGGCACCGACCUGGCCCGGCCCCUCCCGCCGCCCGCCGCUGCCGCCCGCCAGCUCCGCGCUGCCGCUGUGGCCGCCCUCCGCCUCUGGCACCACCGAUACGGCCACGCCCACCCCCAGCUGGGCCUCGCCUGUCGCUUCCUCCAGGACAACAAGAAGGUGGACUUCCAAGACGCAGAUGCUAGGACCCCCGUCGAAAGGAGGCGAGAGGAGGAGAGGCAGAAGCGGCUGGAGCGCCUCCACAGAGACCAGGCCCAGCGAGCCGAAAAGGACAUGGAAGAUAUGUCCCCAGAGAUUGAAACUGUGCUGACAGAGAUGGAGAAUUGCUUUCGGCUUCUCAUGCCUGAUCCAUUUGACUUCACGGUAGAAGAUGAGCAACCCUGUUGCAGCAAGGAUCUCCCUUCCAUCGCUCGCCUUCCAGAAGUUGAUGACAGAUGCCCUGAUAGUGAAACGGGCAAGGGUGCUGGCCGAGAAGACACUUUCGAACAUGAGUUGACUUCUGGUUGCCUUGGUGGUGGUGACGAUGGUGCUGAUGAGGCAGCCUUUGUCCGGAGCCACGGUCUUGGCUCUCACAAAUACGCUCUCAGCCUUGAAAUCUCAACAGAUGUGAAACUUGAGGAGAAUGAAGACAAUACAGCCAUAAUAAACUCUGUUACAGAUGCUCAUAAGCUCAUCAGAAACAAAUUCUUGCCAUCUGUACAGUCUUGGAUUCAGUUGUUUACAAGAGCUGCAAUAAGCGAUGAUCGCCUAAGAAAAGCUAUUGAUCUUAAAAAUAAGCUGGAGAAGGCGCUGGAGAAACAUAAGGACAUGAAUAUUGACUAUAAGAAGAAGCGGAAGAACAUAACGAAAGCCUCUGAUGACAGCAGCAGCGAUGAUGAGGAAUUUGUAGAAGUCCCUGCAAAGGAGGGCUAUGAGCCCCACAUUCCCGACCACCUUCGGAAGGAGUAUGGCCUGGAUCCUGUAUCACCUCCGGAAGCCUCAGCAACAGGGACUGCAACAGAGAGAGAAGCUAAACAAAAUAACGAAGAGCUUGAUCCGACAUGUGCUGCUGCAACAUGGAAAAUCAUCCGUGAUAAAUUACCGAGAGUGCAACCUUCGACUAGCAGGAAUUCUGAAUUUGCAACUUCAGAGGAGCUCAACAAAAAACGUGAAGAAGAGAAAUCCAUGGCUCCAGUUGUUCCUUUUGGUCUAGAUCUUUUCUACUGGGGACAAGAACCACCAGCUGCUGGCAAGAUUCUUAAAUUUUCAUCUCAGCAUCGCUUUUGGGCACCCAAUGAGAUGGAAGAAGAAGUGGAAAAUGAAGAUGUUGCAGGGAUGUUGAAAAGCCGAUGCAUAACAUUUGCUGGCAAGUUUGAACCAGUGCAGCACAAAUGCCGGGCCCCAAUGCCGAACGGGAGUUUGUGUGAAAGGCAGGAUAGAAUUAAGUGCCCUUUCCAUGGAAAAAUAAUCCCACGGGAUGAACUUGGAACUCCUGUUAAUCCAGAGGACAGAGACAGGGAAGCAAAGGAGCAGUUUGAGAAAAAGGAAAAGCAUCCAGAGUGGCAAGAUCCAGAAUUCAUGAGAGAAGUUGAAGCAGCCACCGGGGUGGAUCUUGGAUCUUCUCGAUAUAGUAAGAAAGGAGGAAAAAAGACGGGAAAGAAAAAGAAGUACCCAAACCUCACAGACCUGAAGCAACAAGCCAAUACUUCUCGUUCCCGUCUUGGCAAGAAAGUUUUUGAUAAAGCGGCAGUGAAACGGGUGGUGAAAGCAAUGAAUCGCAUCGACCAAAGGAAACACGAAAAGUUUGCAAACCAGUUUAAUUAUGCACUCAAUUGAACCGUGAUACCUGACAAUGCCCUUGACGGUGCUGCGACUAACUUCUGUAUGCUAGUAUUGUAAUUAGUAAUUAUUAAUUAAUUGUAAUUUAAAUAUCAAAUAUUUGAUAAUGAGUA